AAUGGGAAAUACAUUUUCAUAUAAAGGGUGAAGCAGAAGGAGGGAAAAGGGCAGAAAACGAUGGCGAAAUGCGUCUCAGUCCCUCCCGGCGAAGUCCAGCUCUUCCGAAUCCUCACUGGUCUUCGACAACUGGCGGAAAUCCGUCGUUUCAAGAAAGCUGGAUACAGGAACUUAAAUUUUUUUUAGCUGGUGAAAUUUUGAUCUUUUGCCAUCGCACUAAAGAAAGGCCUUUUAUCAAUGGAAUUGAAAAUUUUACUCGAAGUACAAAAUUCACUCCAAGGGACGGAUCGAAUGAGGGCUAACUAUCCCUACUGGAACGUGCCAAAAAGGAAAUGCCUAAAGAAAUGCCUAAUAUUUAAGCAAAAUCUUGCUUUUCUCUUGCAAAAAAUUUUACUUUAUUUAUAGGAUUGCCCCCAUUAAACAAAAAUCUUGGACUUUCUUUCUCAUAAUGUAGGUUAUUGUUUAGUGAAUUUAUGUUUCUGUAUCAUGCCUCAUAUUAUGGUUUUUAGUAUGUGCAUUUUCAUUUAUUGGCAUUCAUUUAGUUGGUUGUUCUGUUAUUUCCGUAGUCCUGGUUCUUAGAUCAAUUUGGAGUCCUUCAUGAUGGCAAACAACCUUAUCGUGGUGCAAUUUCAACAUGUAUGUUCCCAUCUGUGAGUUUUACCAUUUUGUAGAAAAAUUGGCAACCAAUGGUGCCAAGAUGGUGAUUAUAAGUAAUUUCUCAAGACGUGCAUCGACAACAAUGAACAAAAUGAAGAGCCUUGGAUUUGAUCUCUCUCUCUUUGAAGGAGCCAUCAACAGUGGAGAAUUAAUGCAUCAAUACAUGCAAAGGUUUACCAAUUUGCCUGUUAUGGUUAUGUGCUGAGGAAAUGUUACCUUCUCCAUUUGUUUUUGAUGCUGGAUAGUCUUUCUGUGAUGAACUUGUUAGGUUGUUUCAUUAUUUGUAUCACUGGUCAGGAAAAAUAAUUGUUAUUUCAAUAGCCAUUAUAUAAUUAGACCCAAUUUUUGGGCUAGCAAAUUUUGUAUAUUCAGUUGUUGAUCUGAGACUACUCCAUGUAAUGUUCAUAUUU